AUGGAACAGAAACGCGACACAGACAUUACUGAACCUAGUAAUGCAACGUGCGAAACAUGCAAACUAAAGGACACAAAAAACAUUGCUAAAGCAUUCUGCGUUCAGUGUCAAGACUUCAUGUGCUUACAAUGUUCCGAUCAUCAUUUUCUGUCAAAACUUACAAAACAUCACAGAAUUCUACGAGAAAAUGAAAUGCCGCUACGGAAAGCGAGUACGUCAAUCGCCGAACUUUGUUCUGUGCAUGACGGUGCGGCCUGUUACUUCUAUUGCCAGACACACAGCACGCUAAUUUGUUACACGUGCAAGGAUACCUCUCACACAAAUUGUGACAAUGUAAGUUCUGUUACUGAACUGUCACAUUGUAUAGAAAAGACUGAAAAAUACCAGGAAAUCAGAGUGGAACUCAGACAUAUGUUACAGUUAUUUCGGACCCUGAAGACGCAACUCCUUCACAAGUUCCAGUGCACAAGGGCUCAGAUCGAAAGAACAUGCCACGAACAGCAAACAUUAGAAUCUGAAAACGAAGAAGUCGAAGAAAACCUUAUAAACAGCCAAGUAGAAUGUGCAGAAAAAGUUACUGCCGAAAUAAAAAAGACGACUCAUGUCUUACAAUCAUGUGACCUUGAAAUUCUCUUGGCUGAAAAGCUCGAUACGGACUUCAAUGUUCUAGAACAAACACAGCAGCAAAUUCAGCUGUUUGUUGCCAUGAAAAUGGCAGAGCAGAUGAUCGGACACAUGAAAUCAGUUAAUAGAGAGAUAGAUAAACAGACGAGAAAGGACACUACUGUGGUGCGCAUUCAAGAGCCACAGGACAUUAGAACACCUCAUGUCAAGCGUGUUACCGAUAGGCGCCCUCUGUAUGAUACUACUAAUGAAAUACAUAAUCGGUUGUGUACGUGCUGUUAUUACUGGUUAGGAAUAUGUUCUUUAUUUUUUCUCCUUCAACUGCUGUUCGCAUUUUAUAGAUGGAAUUUAAGCGAAAUCUGA